AUGUACUAUUCCGAGGAGAUUGGGCUUCCAAAGACAGAUAGUUGUCGCUGGAGAUUGAGAACAGACUAUGUUGGUAGAGAAACAUGGCAUUACCUAAGUGUUAAAGAAGCUGCUGCUGGCGGUAUUGAAGAGCCACAAUCAAAUUACGUAAAGUGGCUACUAGGGUCCCCGGAUUUCCCAACACCACAAGAAGAAGAAAUCGAGACGCCAGGUCGAGCAGCUGAGAAGGGAGCCGAGUUUUUCAAAUUACUACAAUUGGAAAAUGGCAUUUUCCCCUGCCAAUAUAAAGGUCCAAUGUUUAUGAAUAUUGGGUAUAUAGCUGCAAACUAUUUUUGCAAAAACCCAAUUCCGGAUCCUUUCAAGUUGGAAAUGAUAAGAUAUAUAGUAAAUACUGCACACCCUGUGGAUGGUGGCUGGGGAUUGCAUUCUGUCGACAAAUCAACGUGUUUCGGUACAACUAUGAAUUAUAUUUGUUUGAGGUUAUUGGGGCUCCCGGCAGAUCACCCAGUCAUCAUAAAAGCAAGAAGAACUUUGCAUGGUCUAGGUGGGGCCAUCAGAAACCCUCACUGGGGGAAAGCAUGGCUAGCAAUUUUAAACUUGUACGAUUGGCAAGGGGUUAACCCUGCACCUCCAGAAUUAUGGACAUUACCUUAUCGAUUGCCAAUACACCCAGGAAGAUGGUGGGUUCAUACAAGAGCAAUAUAUUUACCAUUGGGUUAUCUACUGGCAAAUAAAGUAAAGUGUGAUUUGGACCCCUUGUUGGAGGAAUUGAGAAACGAAAUUUAUUUACCUUCCCAGUUACCAUAUGAAUCAAUAAAGUUUGGCAACAAUAGAAACAAUGUUUGUGGUGUUGAUUUGUAUUAUCCACACACCAAAAUCCUUGAUGCUGCCAACUUUGUAUUGAGCAAAUGGGAAAAUUGGAGACCCGAUUGGUUCUUGAAAUGGAUCAAUUCUAAAACAUAUGCGUUGAUCGAAAAGGAGUACCAGAAUACUGAUUACUUGUGCAUUGCUCCUGUUAGCUAUGCUAUGAAUAUGGUUGUUACUUAUUACCAUGAAGGUGCAAAAUCCAGAAACUUUGCCGGGUUGCAAAGAAGAAUGAAUGACAUUGUGUUCCACGGACCCCAAGGAAUGACCGUUAUGGGAACUAAUGGUGUCCAAGUUUGGGAUGCUGCCUUCAUGGUUCAAUAUUUUUAUAUGACUGGUUUGGUUGAAAAGCCUCAGUUUCAGGAUAUGAUUCGAAAGGCAUACUUAUUCCUAGUAAGGUCCCAAUUUACUGAAGAUUGUGUUGAAGGGAGCUUUAGAGAUAAAAGAAAAGGCGCAUGGCCAUUUAGUACUAAAGACCAAGGCUAUACCGUGAGCGAUUGCACUGCCGAGGCAAUGAAAGCAAUAAUAAUGGUUCGCAAUGACCAAGAGAGAUUUGGCGAUAUCAAAGACGAGAUCAAAGAUGAAAACUUGUAUGGCGCAGUAGAAGUCUUGCUUAAGAUACAGAAUGUUGGAGACUGGGAGUACGGUUCUUUUUCUACAUACGAAGGGAUAAGGUCAACUUUACUACUUGAAAAGCUAAACCCAGCAGAAGUGUUCAACAAUAUAAUGGUUGAGUAUCCAUAUGUCGAGUGUACAGACUCGUCCGUAUUGGGUCUCACUUAUUUUCAUAAAUACUACCCCAAUUACAAACCGGAAGUGAUUCACAAAGCAAUAUCUAUUGCAAUUGAUUCUAUUAUUGAUGCACAAGAUAAAGUUGAUGGAUCCUGGUACGGUUGUUGGGGUAUUUGCUAUACAUACGCAUCGAUGUUUGCCUUGGAAGCCUUGAAUAGCGUUGGUCUCGAUUAUUCAAACUCGGUGUCCGUUAAGCGGGGAUGUGAUUUCCUUAUUUCAAAACAAUUGAAAGAUGGCGGGUGGUCAGAAUCAAUGAGAGCAUGUGAAACGCAUAGUUAUGUAAAUGGUGAAAAGUCACUUGUUGUGCAGACGGCAUGGGCAUUGAUUGGUUUGAUAUUGGCUGAUUAUCCUGAUGAGGAGCCAAUACGUAUGGGUAUUAAAUUUUUAAUGGAAAGACAAUUGCCUACAGGAGAGUGGAAAUUCGAAGACGUCGAAGGUGUAUUUAACCAUAGCUGUGCAAUUGAGUACCCUUCAUAUAGGUUUUUGUUCCCAAUUAAAGCUUUAGGAUUAUAUGCAAAGAAGUAUGCUAACGAGAAGUUAAUUUAA